AUGCCCCUUAGCUCGAACAUCAGCAGCCCAGCUAGUUCAAACACUUGGAGUAGCCCAAUAAAGUCCAGCAAGUCUGAAAGUUUCAGUAGGCCAUCUAGUUUUAACAACACCUGCUCCCCUCUGACCGUAUUUAUCCCCAACUCCCACAAGACUCGAAGCAGCCCUGAAACUAGUGACACUCUCAGUAGUCACAGAACCACCUGUAAAUCUCACUCCUUCAGUAAGACCAGCUCUUCCAACCAACACCCCAAGAGCACCCCCAAAUCUCCUUUGUUGUCCUUGGGUAAAAGCAGAAUCCCAGUGGGGGUCCAGUGGGAGAAAAGUCCUCCCAGCCUCAAAAUGUACCCUGAAAUCAACACCCCUACAUCCCUUGGUAGUACCCCGAACCCCUCUUCCAGACAGCUCUCCGUACAAACCAGCAACGCCCCAACAUCCCUCAGUAGCCACAGACCCUUCUAUAGUUCCUGCUCACUCAAUACCACCAGCUCUAUGAACCAAACCUCCCACAACACCCCGAAAUCUCCACCCCCAGUUGUCAGAAGCCAGAUCCCCAUCGUGCAAAACACCCACACCCCCACAUCCCAACUGCUGUCCCCUAAAACCGCCUACACCCCUACCACAAUCCCUCAACAACUCAUACUUAAAUCCAGCUACGUCCCCAGUAUCCCCACCCCCUACACCCGACAGUUGUCCCCAGCCAGCUACACCCUCACAUCUCGCAGCUGCACCCCAAUAUCCCUGAGUAUGACCACCACCCAGGACCCACCUACUCCUCCCCUCACCCCACUCAGCGCACCCCCUCUUGGGAAGAGCACGUUCACAGGCAGCCUGGCCCGCUCCCCUAAGAAACACCAGUCCCCGGUGGAAGAGAGGGUUACAGCACAUAGAGCAUUGCAGGAGUCUCUGGAGCCACAAUGCUCUGAGGAAACUAGUAGGAGGCUGUCACAGUCUCUUUCACAUCAGAGCCCAGCUGACCUGACCAUCUCUACGGCCCCAACCAGGCCCCUCCGUAGUGUAGGGUGUCCCGCCAUCUUCUCCUCCCUGAGAUUGGGGAGCCCCACCGGGGCUAUGUCACCUCUGUCUCCCCCAACCCCCAGGACCACCAAACCACAAGUCUGGAGGGGAGACUCAAUGCAUAACUUAUCCAUAAUGUCUAAUACAAUGGUGAAGGAGGGAGGGCAAGCUCUCUCGCGUGUUGGCGACCACACUUCACGGUUCACAUUCGACCAUACAGGAACAGACUCGACCGCACUAGGACCACAGAGGAAGACCUUUGCCCCUCUCUCCCUUCCUGAUUUUGGGAGCUUUUACAAGCCUCGGUUUAGCUCCCCACCCUACACCACCCUCAAGUCUUCACGCAAAACACUGGGUGAGGUCACACAUACAACCUCACCCCAAACCCCUCUCUCACCCUCUACCUCACCCCAACGCUACCCCUUCUACAGCCAUCGCAGGACUGGGUCACAGGACAGUUCAAUGGUUGUGGCCUUGGAAACUGAUAGUGUCAACAACAACUCCAAACAGACCAGUCAAGACAAUGUUGAGACACUUGUGUACAGGAUUUCUCAGGUCGAUUCCUCCGCCAUAUUGGACAGUAUUAGGCCUGCACAGCCCCGUUUUCCUCAACACACUCCAGACUCACGAGUCGUCACAGAUAUCAAGUCAAAUGAACUCUCCCGUCUCACCUCUGACCUCUCACAAUCAUCACAACACAGCCAGGUGAUAGGAAGUCCCAGCUGUGAAUCAUACCAAAGCUCCAAUGACAGUGGAGCAUUAGACACUGAGAAAGUUGUGUGUAAAAUCGAGAGUUUCCCUAAGAGCGCAGUGGCCCCAUUACAAACUCAGAGCCCAAAGAAAGUGGCAGAGAAGGGGCAGAAGGGAGGUAACAAAAUUGACCUGGUGCUGAGUCGACUCCGGCAGACCUUCAGAGUCAACCGUCUCGAUGACGAGAGGAGGAAGAGAACAUCCCAGCCUCCCUCUGUCAGCACACCAAGUGACAUUAGUGGUCUCACUGACAGUAGCGAAUCUAGCGACCGAGCAGAGGAGGACAGAAAGGAGAGAUGGAGGGAGAAUGGUGGGGUUCUCAAACCUUCAAACUCUUUCUGGGCCGGCAGUGAGCGCACAUCAGAUACGACUAAGGACAAUGUUAGACAUGAACACUCACAGGGUUUUAAAGACAAUAAAGAGGCUAGAAACAGAGACCAGCCUCAUUUUAUGGACCUUCCUCAAUUUAAGGCUUACAAAGACAAAAGCGUCACUGAACCCAGAAACCAACCUUCUCGUCGAGAGAUCAGCCCAACAAGGCGACAGUUUGAAGCUUACAAAGAGGGGAGGAUCAGUAGAGCCAGAAACCAACCUCCUCAGAGAGACUUCAGCCCCGUUAGGCAUCAACCCUGGGACCCCAGCCACUCUGCAAGCCUCCCUGCCUACAGAACCUCCUCAGGCAGCCCGAGGAACACUUUCUCCAUCUUCCACUUCAGCCAUGAGGACUCCAAGAACGACAAUGUCUUCCACUUCAACCACGAGGACUCCAAGAACAACAACAUGUUACUCAGCCCCAGGCUUCCUCAGAGGAAGAAGACCACCUUUCACUGUGAGCCAGGGGAAGGAGGGUUUGGUUCCAGGGUGGGUCAGCGUGGCAGUGAGGGACGUCUGGCCUCCUUCUCCCCCUGUGCUGAUCUCAAAUACGGUCUGGAGGCCGGACGUUCCAUCUCUGUGAGCUCCGUGCUCUCCAGCCGACCUUCUGGUCCUGGACGCAUCUCCACCGGCCCCAGGGUCAGCAGUGUCAGUGACCUCACUGACCAUGCUCUGACCUUUGGAGAAGAAGUCAUGACUUGGGAUGACCUCAGGGUCAAAGGUAAUUGGAUAAUACCAACGUGGGACUCACACACAACCACUAGCCACAAAACCACUGGUGACAGCCAAGCUGUAAAAACCCCAGGUGACAGCCAAGCUGGAAAUGACUGGUCCGUCAUUAGUGACCAGACAUCCAAAAAUGAGCGCAAAACAAUCACAGCUAACUUUAUAGCUAACAAGUCUAGAUCCAAAUCCUUACCCAGAAAUGUAUCCUGGGGUUCAGAGGUCACUGGCCCAUCUCCAACCACCACCUCCACCACCACCAGCCGCAUGUGGAAUCCCGGCAGCCUGGAGACCUCUCACUUCCUGUGGGAUACAGAGGGUCCUGCAACCCCCUCUCCAUCCCCUCUCUGGUCCCCAGCCUCCAGACGCAUAUCUCGCCCCCCCAGCUCCUCCUCCUCUGCCUCCCCCACCCCCACAGAUCGCAGGCUGUCACAGGACAGUUUGUCCCCCAGGGGAUGCCUACCCUCCAGGGGAUACGUCUCUAGCCUGGCUGCCUUCGAGGAGUCCGACUCAGACUCAGCCUCUGACAUGGACUCUGACACAACCACAGACGAUGAAUACUGCCUGGCAGGUGACGGAGGUGAGCAGGAGACAGAGCUGUGA